AAUGUGGCACUCAGCAGCAGGACUGCCCUGCAGGUCCUCCUGGUCCCCCGGGACAACCUGGUUUGCGAGGUCUUGAUGGAAUGCCUGGCGGUGCUGGAAGGCCUGGAGCUCGCGGCGUCUCUUUGGCUGUUACGCAGGAUAUUCCUGGUGGAUGCAUUAAAUGCCCGCCUGGUCCUCCUGGGCAGCCGGGAAAUAAUGGAGGCCAAGGGCCACGUGGACAGCCUGGUGGUCGUGGUCCAGUGGGCCCUCCAGGAAAUGUUGGAAAAACGGGAACUCAAGGACCAAUGGGGGAACCGGGUCCCGUUGGACAGGCGGGAGCACCAGGGCAACCCGGAGCACCGGGGCAAGACGCACAGGGACCAGCACCAGGCCGUCCAGGAG